GCAGCAGAGGUGGGAGGGAAUGCUCCCUCCGUUUUGUCUCCCCCCAAACUUCCCUUUCCCCACUGCAGCAGAAGCAGAAGCAGAAGGGGACGCAGCAGCAGCAGCAGCAGCAGAGAGAGGAGGUGGAGGAGAAGGACUCGCUUCCUCUGACAUGUCAUCGGGACGGCGCCUUCUCCCAAGUACCUAAUAGCCCUCUCAGCUCCUCCCUCCUCCCACCCCCCUGCUGACGAUUUGACGCCUCAUAUUCCUCCUUUCUGCCAACCUCGCGUGGGAACUUCGCUUGAAGAAGAAGCCAUUUUACCUGCUAACGGAGAGAUCAAACACAACGCGCCGGUGGCCGGACGGGAGGGUUGAGGUGAAGCCGUAGCAUUAACUGUGCUUCAAUUGAUUCCCGUAAUUAACUUGAGGGGGGGCCUCGUUUGACUGGCUGGGCCCUCAGGUCUGAAUACCAGAGAGGCGCGAAGCGUGGGCCCCCGGUCCGAUCAAUCAUCAAUAGCUCGUCGUCUCCGCUUUAAAGUUUUUUUAACAGAAAGAAUCCCACCAGAAGCGGGAAAAUCUCCCUCUCUCUCUCUCUCUCCCCCUCUCCUUCUCGUGCCUGUACCACCUCGCGCUGUCGCCGUAAUUCUUCGUUUCCGAUAAAAACCCGGCGAGAAGGCGUCGCCUCUCCACUUCUCACGAUAGACGCGCCGAGUUCCGAGGAGGAAGCCGGAAGCAUAUUUUUUGAUCGAAGGCAUGGCGUCGUCUUCGAGUUCACCAUGCGCAGCUUGCAAGUUCUUGAGGCGCAAGUGCCUGCCGGAAUGCGUGUUCGCUCCCUACUUCCCGCCGGAUAGCCCCCAGAAGUUCGCCAGCGUCCACAAGGUGUUCGGCGCCAGCAACGUCAGCAAGCUGCUGAACGAGCUCCACCCCAGCCGGCGGGAGGACGCCGUAAACUCCCUCGCCUACGAAGCCGAAGCUCGGCUAAGCGACCCCGUCUACGGCUGCGUAGGCGUCAUCUCCAUUCUCCAGCACCAACUCAAGCAGCUCCAGGCCGACCUCAUCCGCGCCAGGGCGGAGCUCUGCAGCUACAUGGCCUCCGCUGGCAUCACCGAGCAGCUGCCUACUACCCUCCUCCAGGCGGCUGCCUACGCUGCCCAGCAGCACCAGUCAUCCGGCCACCACAUGCAGUAUCAGCAACACAGCUUUCAAGCGCCGUCGACCUUGUCGGACGUCGGCAUCGGUCUGGGACUGGCGGGAGGGGCCUUCAGAGAAGGGCGGCAGCAGCAGCAGAUGGUGGAGUCGCAACAGCUAGCGGUGACCGCCCCCACGCCGGCGAGGGCGCAGCUGGCGAUGAUGAGUAGCUACGAUCACGGCAAUCUCGGUAGGCUUGAUAUCGCUGCUUACGAGCAUGGAGCUGCAGCUGGCACAGGAGGUGGUUGCGGAUUGGGUCUUAAUGGGCCAUCGACGGGGUUCAUGAGCCAGCUUCUGCCACUCCGUCAUCACCUGCAGCAACAGCAUGCAUCUGAUGGUGGUGGUGGCAAUGGAUGCAACGGACCAUCUUCCUGACGUUCUCGGUUUGUCUUGGAGUUAGUCGAACAGUAAUGGAACUCUUCAUCCUCUUCAUUCUUUCCCGGUUUUGGAGAUCUUCCAACUACACGUGAGGACGGAGUUUUAAAAGCAGGAAGAAGCUAGAAGGCGGAAAGAAAGGCCUCGCUCGGGCCUUUUUCUUGAAUCUUUUUACUCCACAUCUCGGCCUCCAGAGUACAUAUAUUCUUUCAUGGAUGCGUUGAAGUUUGUAACUUCCUUUUCACCUUUUUGUGUUCACCUUUCAAAUCCAUCGCAUGUUUUUACUUUGAGCUUCUGCUUUCCACCCUCGAUUUCGAAGAGCUCGAGUGCUAUGUAAUUGCCUCCUCCUUUUGUGUAACUACACUUAAAAUUAAUCUUUUACCA